CUAUAUCAUUGACUGACUACUUUCUCUCUCUCUCUCUCUCUCUCUCUAUAUCAGCUUCUCUUCUACCUAUUUCAAUUUCAGUUUGCAGGUGGUGGAUUUGAGAAGUAAAUUUCGAAGUAGUGCUCUGAUUUGAUUUUGAUUUUGUUGUUUGUGGAUUUUGAUUUUGAUUUUGAUUUUGAUGAAUUGAGAUUUGAGUGUGGUGUUGAAAGAAAGAAGGUUAAAAAUGGGAAUGAGCAAAAGGAUAAAUCGGAUAAUUACCGGUCCAUUGCCGCGGUGCUUUAACGGCGGCGUGUCCUGCGUGCAUCUCCGGCGGGAGGGGGAAGGCGAGCACGACUUGACGAUAAAGCUGAUUAAAUCGGACGGCGGAGUCGAGAUCUACGACCGUCCGGUGAAAGCUAGGGAGUUAAUGGAGGAGUUCCCCAAGCACAUGGUGUGCCGCUCCGAUUGCUUCUACAUCGGCCAGAAAACGCCGGCGCUUUCUCACCACGACCGCCUCCAGCCAGGUCACUACUACUUCCUCCUUCCGGCGAACUUCUUCCAGUCCGCCCUAACCUUCGCCUCCUUCAUCCGCUAUCGAUCGGCGCUGGCGAUUCGGCCGCCGUUCGAGGUGGAGAAGACCGCGUCGGGGAGCCUGCGAAUCAAGGUGACCGACGAGAUGAUUCGCCACCAUCUCAAGGAGGAGGAGACGGAGGCGCGGAGGUUGAUUCGAGUGUGCACGACGCCGCAGCUGCGGAAAGAGUACGAGCAGCUGGUAGGGCAGCGCUUCCAUUGGAAGCCCACGCUGGACUCCAUUUCAGAGAAGAAGAAGAGCAUUCAACAGCAGCAGCAGCACAAAAGCUUGAGGAAGACGAAAUCCUCAUUGAAAUGAAAUGAAAUCAAAUGACAAUGCAAUUAAUCCACCACACUAUUCAUCAUACAUAAUAUAUACAGUAGUGUAGUUGCACCAUUUCAAUACUUUUUUUUUUGGCAGUUAGGAAGAACAACUAUACAGUGAAUUAAUUAAUUGUACAGUGAAGUGAAGAAUCGUCACAAUUUUGUUCAUCUACCCUCUCCUUGCUUAUGUUUUCAAACUUAUUUCACCAAAAUUUCUCUAUAA